CUUCACGUCCAGUUCGGGGCGGAACUUACAGUUAUUAGCGGAUCUCACCUGCUUCAUGAAGAGGUGAAACUGAAAGUGGCUUAUCAGGAGAUUACACGCCAUCUUCAGAGAACUCAGGAAAUGUCGUCGUAUGUCACGGCCUGAAAUCACAUUUCUCAUCAAGGAGGAAGAGGAGGAGAAACCUGCCUGAGAAAUGAGUGUGUGUGAGGAGAGAGAGGAGGAGACUACUGUUGACCCUCAGAGAGCAGCGUCUCCAGGAUUCAGCUGUGUGUCUAUGAAGAGCAACAACUCCAUGAAUAUAAUUCCUCCUGAACUCAGUGAUGUUCACGCUCAGAGAGCAGCGUCUCCAGGAUUCAGCUGUGUGUCUAUGAAGAGUAACAACUCCAUGCAUCUGCCCCCUGAACUCAGUUCUUUUCACACUCAGAGAGCAGCGUCUCCAGGAUUCAGCUGUGUGUCUAUGAAGAGUAACAACUCCAUGCAUCUGCCCCCUGAACUCAGUGAUGGACCUGCUGUGACCUCUGACCCUCUGAAGAGAAAGAGAGCAGCAUCUCCAGUAUCCAACUGUGUGUCCAUGAAGAGCAACAGGCCCCUGAUUAAUCCACCCAUGUUCAGGACUGGAGCAGUGCGCUUUGACCCUGUUGGCAAAAAAGCUGUGUCCUCACCGACCGGCAUGUCCCCCUACAAUCAGAGCCACACCAGUCAUUGUGAUACAGAAACAGACCUGCGGCUCAAUUCAGUCCCACCAGUGCAUGAUGAUCUGCAGAGAGUCAAAGACCAGCACAAAACCAGCAUGAAGAACAAGUAUGAGAGUGUAUUUGAGGGAAUCAAACUACAAGAGAAUCAAACCCUCCUGAACAGGAUUUACACACAGCUGUACAUCACAGAGGGAGAGAGUGAAGGAGUGAAUGAAGAACAUGAGGUGCUACAGAUGCAGAAAAGUUACAGGACACCCCAAGACACUCCAAUCAACUGCAACGACAUCUUUAAUCCUUUAUCUGAACCAGGAUAUGAGGAGAUGAGAAGAAAGAAGAAAGACAAAAUAAAGACUGUCCUUACUAAAGGCAUCGCUGGAAUUGGAAAAACCGUCUCUGUGCAGAAGUUCAUUCUGGACUGGGCCGAGGGAAAAGCUAAUCAGGAUGUAAAUUUCAUGUUUGUGCUUCCAUUUCGAGAGCUGAACUUGAUUAAAGAUCAUCAGUACAGUCUUCACAAACUUCUGCUUGACUUUCACCCUGAACUUCAAUAUUUGGACUCAAAGAUUUAUGAUAAAUGUAAAGUUGUGUUCAUCUUUGAUGGUCUGGAUGAAAGCAGAAUUUCACUGAUGUUUUCAGACAGUCAGAAAGUUUCUGAUGUGACUGAGAUUUCAUCAGUGGGUCUGUUGAUGUCAAACCUCCUGAAAGGAGAUCUGCUUCCCUCUGCUCUCAUCUGGAUCACCACCAGACCAGCAGCAGCCAGUCAGAUCCCCUCUAACUACAUCAACCGUGUGACAGAAAUUCAGGGAUUCAAUGACCCUCAGAAGGAGGAAUAUUUCAGGAAGAGAAUCCGUGAUGAGCAUCAAGCCAGCAGAAUCAUCUCACACAUCAGAAGAGCAAGAAGCCUCUACAUCAUGUGCCACAUACCCGUCUUCUGCUGGAUCUCAGCCACUGUGCUUCAAAACAUCCUGAAGCAAGAUCUCAGUGCAGAAAUCCCUCAAACUCUGACUGAAAUGUACAUCUACUUCCUGCUCAUUCAAACAAAUAUGAGGAACCAGAAGUAUGAAGAGAGAGAUCCAGAGAAACUCCUGCAGACCAACAGAGAAGUGAUUGUGAAACUUGCUGAACUGGCUUUCAAUCAGCUGAUGGAGGGCAAUGUGAUGUUUUAUGAGGAGGACCUGAGAGAGAGCGGCAUAGACGUCACUGAUGCCUCAGUGUAUUCUGGGAUCUGCACUGAGAUCUUUAGGGAGGAAUCUGUGAUUCAUCACAGGAAGGUUUACAGCUUUGUACAUCUGAGCUUUCAGGAGUUUUUUGCAGCACUGUAUGUGUUUGACUGUUAUUUACACAAGAACAGUGAGGUUCUGAAGAUGUUUCUGACAGGAAAGUCCAGAACUAUCACUCUGGAUGUGUUUCUGAAGGGAGCAAUGAAUAAAGCCUUGAAGAGUAAAAAUGGACACCUGGAUCUCUUCCUUUGGUUUCUUCAUGGCAUCUCACUGGGGUCCAAUCAGAGACUCUUACAGGAUGUACUGAUACACACAGAGAACAACCCAGAGAGCAUCAAGAAAAUAAUCCAAAACCUCAAACGAGGUAAAAAAAACAAUGUCAGUCCUGAAAGAUGGAUGAAUCUGUCACACUGCUUGAUUGAGAUGAAGAAUAAUUCUAUUGUUGAGGAAAUGCAGGUAUUUUUAACAUCUGGAAAGAAUGAAAAAAAUCUUACUCUUGCACAAUGCUCAACUUUCGCAAACAUGAUCCUGAUGUCGGAGGAGGUGCUGGAUGAGUUUGACCUUAAAAAGUACAAUAUCAAGUCAUCAGAAGAGGGUCGAUGGAGACUGUUACCUGCUGUGAGGAACUGCAGAAAAGCUUUAUUGUCACGCUGUUAUCUCUCUGAUCAGCACUGUGAAAUCAUGUCUUCAGCUCUACAAUCUUCAAACUCCCCCCUGAGAGAGCUGGACCUGAGUAACAAUGACCUACAGGAUUCAGGAGUGAAGCUGCUUGCGGUUGGACUGAAGAGUCCAAACUGUCAACUCAAUAUACUGAGAUUAUCUGCCUGUUUGAUGAAAGAAGAAGGUUGUGCUGCUCUGGCAUCAGCUCUGAGUUCAAACCCCUCACACCUCAGAGAGCUGGAUCUGAGCUACAAUCACCCAGGAGAAUCAGGACUGAAGCUGCUCUUUAACAGUCUCAACCAUCCAAACUGCAGACUGGACAAACUCAAAUUGGCAGACUGUAUUCUCACUGAUCAGCAUUGUGAAAUUGUGUCUUCCGCUCUACAAUCAUCAAACUUUUCCCUGAGAGAGCUGGAUCUGAGUAACAAUGACUUACAAGAUUCAAGAGUGAAGCUUCUCUGCCCUGGACUGAAGAGUCCAAACUGUCAGCUCAACAUACUGAGAUUAUCUCAUUGUUUGGUGACAGAAGAAGGUUGUGCUGCUCUGGCAUCAGCUCUGAGUUCAAACCCCUCACACCUGAGAGAGCUGGAUCUGAGCUACAAUCACCCAGGAGAAUCAGGAGUGAAGCUGCUCUCUGAAACACUCAAACAUCUGGACAAACUCAAUGUGGAUCAUGGAGGAGAGUUCAUGAUUACAUCAAGACUCCACAAAUAUGCCUGUGAUCUCACACUGGAUCCAAACACAGCAAACACUGAACUCGUUCUGUCGGAGGAGAACAGAAAGGCGACACGAGUGAAAGAGCGACAGUCGUAUCCUGAUCAUCCAGACAGAUUUGAUGAGCGUCCUCAGGUUCUGUGUUCAGAGAGUCUGACUGGACGCUGUUUCUGGGAGACUGAGUGGAGCGGAUAUGUUCAUAUAUCAGUGUCUUAUAAAGAAAUCAAGAGGAAAGGAGGGAUUGCUGACUGUGUGUUUGGAUGUAAUGUGAACUCCUGGAGUCUAAGAUGCUCUGAUCAUAGAUUCACCGCUCGUCACAAUAAUAACUUCACUCAUAUAUCAGCUGCUGCAGACUCCUGUAAGAGAGUAGCAGUGUUUCUGGACGAGUCGAGCGGCUCUCUGUCCUUCUACAGCGUCUCUGACACACACACACUCACACACUUACACACAUUCACACACACAUUCACUCAACCUCUACACGCUGGGUUUAACCUUUAUUAUCCAAACUCUUCAGUGUCUCUGUGUCACAUUAAACAUUAAACUCGGACACACACACACACACACACACGUCUGGUUUGCCAUCCUUGUGGGGACUCUCCAUAGGUGUAAUGGUUUUUCUACUGUACAGACCGUAUAUUCUAUUGUCCUACAACAACCCUACACCUAAACCUACCCCUUACAGGAAACUUUCUGCAUUUUUAGAUUUUCAAAAAACUUAAUUCUGUGUGAUUUAUUAGCUUGUUUACCUGUGGGGACCUCAAUUUAGGUGACACGAGUCCCCAUGAGUCUGUGUGUAUUCAGGUUUAAGUCCCCACCAGAAUAGAAAAACAGGUACACACACACACACACACACACUUCU